CGACGGGUCUGGAGAGCUGCCGCCGCCGAUAUGCGAACGGGGAAGGAGUGAUAUUGUUGGCCCAUCGGCAGCAACCCCGACAAACGAAGCCCGAGAUGGUGCUGGGCCAGGACGCGGUAGGUGGCUUGGCCGCUCUGAGCAAGGUGGUGGUUCGGCUCUGUCUGCCGCCGGUCGUCCCCCGCCGGAAGAGCUCUCAUCAGUGGAAUGCAAGCCGUCUGCAAGACCCUUAUCCCGAGUGGGAGCUAGGCACACUCAUAGUCAUUCCCGUGGACCUACACAGGCUCUCGGAGGACUGCAGGCUUCAACAAAUUUCCACCGGGAGAGUGCUAGAGCUGGACAAUCUGGACCCAGCAGAGCCGUCGACAGGCAAGGCUCUCCGCAAACCCCGCCGAGCAGACAUUCGGCCUGGCGGAAUGCUUCAGGCGAGUUCGGCAAAGGGAGGCCGUCCCUUGAGUCAGGAGUGCCCAUCUGUCUGCACACGCACCAUCACCACUACUGGCUUCGAACACAGUCAGCCUCACCCCCUCGCCGUCGGCCAUCUCUUCGGCGCGAUGCUCGACGGGUUGAGAGAAGCUCCUCUGAUGCGGCGAGCCUUGACGCCCAGAGCGCUCUCACGGCCAACAUCGACCCAAUUCUCGACCACAAGGUCCAACGACGCCUGUUCGAGCCAGCUGGCUUCCCCAAGCAGCAUGCAACUGAACGUUUGGCCGAGUUUCAGCAACCUGGGUCAACAGACAACGAAGACAACGACUACAACGACGUCCACUUGGAAGAUGCUGGGAACAAGCCCAGAGCAGGAAAGCCGUAUCCCCCUUCGACCUCUCAAACCAGGACCAGACAGCGCUAUUACGUCGUCGCCAACCGACCAAGAAGCAGCAGCCCACGCGCAAGAGAACGUCGCGCCAACGCCAGUCCAGCACAUGGACGGAGCAGCGGACCGCCAUCCGCGGGAAAAACCAGACUGGGCGAUGCGCAAAACAAUGCGAAACCCUCCCGACCUCCACCCGACUCACCACAACGACGAAGUACCCGACAACCCCAAAUCAUCGCCCACGUACACACGCAGCUCCACAUCCCCCACCGCCCUGGCCGUGGCCCUGGCUCAGCCCCAGCUCCAGUCCCCAAAAGCUACGGCAUCGGCACAGCAACGAGAAGCAGUGACCAUUGCCCGCGCCUCAGCUCGGAUAGCGUUCACGCAAAACCCCGACUCCCGCAGGGCCCUGCCGGUGCUGGUAUCCGGGAGGACACCACUGAAGGCGACUCCCCGGCCGGUAUCGGCGCCGGACACCAGCCGCGCCAAGCCCGCCUCGGCAGCCGGGGCGGAGCCAAGGCCGGGGACGGGCCAGCAGGGGAAGCAGAAAGGCAAGGGGAAGGGAGAGAAGAAGGAAAAGAAAACACCGGGUCACGGGGACGGGAAGGGGACUAUCACUGUUCCGGGAGAGUCAAAAGGGGGCCAAAAAGAGAAGUCGAAAGCGGAGGGAGGGAAGGAGAAGGUGGAAGCGCAGAACAAAAGAAAAGGGAAGGAGUUCCUGGCUCCGGCACCGGGCAGUCCGGAGGUUGAGGAAUGGAUGCGGAAUGCGGUGCUGAUCCUGGCGCGGGUGGUGGGCGCGUACUGGCAGGUUGUGAGCCCAGUGUUUGACGGAAAUUCGGAGCUCAGAAAACGGCUUGACAAAGCCCAGGCAACUCGGGGAGACCUCGUUGUGUGUGUCCUGGCUGUGGUGUUUUUGUUUCUGGUCAUGGCUGUCGGGGUGUGGACUGUCAGGGGCAUUGUUUGCUCUGUGAGGCUGCUGGGAGUGCUUGGGGAGGUGUUGGGGACGGUUGCUGGGCUGCGAGAUUGACAGCUUUCGCACUUGAUGUGACACUGGCCUGGGGUAAGUGGAUACAAUAUUGAUACAUGGUGCUAGUGUAAGUGAAGAGAAACAGCCUUAUUAAGUUGUUAGUGCGACAGAUAUCCGGUCUGCAUCCUUCGGCUGAGAAUGUGAAUAGAAAUAUCAUGG